ACCGAUCUCCAUCACCAGCAGCCGGCUCUCCUCUAUAAAUACUGCUGGGGUUUUUCUAGCUGAUUUGCAUGCGAUUAUUAUACCAGGCCAAGGAGAUAUAUUGAUCUGAUCGAGAUCAUGAGCAUGCUGUUGCAGAGAGCGAUGGAAAGUAGUAAUCGUAGUGGCAGCGAUGAUCACGAUCCGGUGCUCCCGCCGGGGUACCGGUUCUACCCGACGGAGGAGGAGCUGCUGGGCUUCUACCUCCGCCACCGCCUCGCCGGCACCGGGCCCCAGGUCGAGCACCUCAUCCCCGUCGUCGACAUCUACAGCCACCACCCCUCCCAGCUCCGGGCGAUGGCCGGGGCCGCGAACGUGGGCGACAAGGAGCAGUGGUUCUUCUUCUGCCCGCGAGCGGAGCGGGAGCUCAACGGCGGCCGACCGGCGCGCACCACGCCGUCGGGGUACUGGAAGGCGACCGGGUCGCCGUCCUACGUCUACUCCGCGCCGCCGACCAGCCGCGCCAUCGGGGAGAAGCGGACCAUGGUCUUCUACCAGGGCCGCGCGCCCACGGGCACCAAGACCCGCUGGAAGAUGAACGAGUACAAGGCCGUCGCCGCCGACGAUGCGCCGCCGGGGGCAGCCGUCAGGCUGCGGAACGAGUUCAGCGUGUGCCGCGUGUACACCAGCAACGGCACGCUGAGGUCCUUCGACCGCCGGCCACUCAACCCGCCGGCCGCCGGCGUCGACGAUCAAACUGCGGCGGCCCACCGCUGCCAAGAACAAGAAGCUCCACCACCACCACCGGCGGCGGCGGGCAGCCAGAUGGCCGCAGUCGACGUGGUCGUCGCAGCUGCCAACGGCGGGCAGUCGUCGGAUGAGCACUCCCACGGCGGCAGCUCGUCGUCGGGGUCGCUGGGGGCCGUCGUGGAUGGAGCAGGAGCCGCCGCCGCCGCCGCGGCCAUCGACUGGGACUCGCUGAUUCCUCCCGUCGAUUACCUCCGCUUCGGCGGCGCGGAUGCCUUGAGCCAUGUCGUUUGGCCCCCAAAUUGACACGUACUAACUAUUACUCGUGCGUGGGCCAAAUUAAUAAUCAGGUGAUUAAUUAAGAGAUUAAUGGUUGGAUUAGUGGCACGGUCGACAAGGUAGGUCCGUGCUAAACAGAAAGGGAACUUGAGGUGUACAAUCCUUCUUUCCAAAAAAAGAAGAAAAGAAACGAAAAUGAGGUAGAAGUUCAUAUUAGGUCAGUGCUGGUGCUAUAGUCAAGCUAGCAGAUUAGUCUAUCUGCUGGUAAUUAGCAUUACAUAUUGUAAGAAAAUAAUCUGUACUUUACUUAAUCGGAAAUGGUUCUAGGAAGAGAUCCUACCAGAUUUGUUUCCAA